UUGCAUUCUCCGGACUUGGCUUCACCUCCUUCUACCUGGCGGGGAAGCUGCAGUGUUUUACGGAUAAAGGUCGAGGGCGUAGCUGGCGUCUCUGUGCUAUGGUGCUGCCUCUCUACAGUGCCAUGAUGAUUGCAUUAUCCCGGACCUGCGACUACAAACACCACUGGCAAGACGCCGUUGUUGGAGGAGUGAUCGGGUUGCUGUUUGCCUAUAUCUGCUACCGCCAGCACUACCCACCCUUUCUGCACACGGACUGCCACCUGCCUUACGCCAGUCUGGCUGCUGCUGCCCACCUGCCCUCGCACCCCCAGGACGACCCGCAGCCCACGGACAAUGCCACCAGCCUUCCCCUGGAGGGCCUGACUGAAGGCCCAGUAUGACUAGUGGCCACCACCGAGACGUCCCCCAACACCCUCACUAAGCCAGCGAGCCUACCUCCCCAUUCCAAGUGACUGGCUGGCUCUUGAAUACAUUCCAGUGGACUUUAAUACGACACACCCAUCUACAGUACAUACCCCCGUCUCGGUGACACCCACAUGUUUAUUUUUUUGGGUUGUAAAAAAUCUAUAUUUAGAUGUGAUGUAUGAGAGGAGUUUAUGAAAAAUGGGACAACACCUCUGAGAGGGAAGAGAGAAAAACAGGCUGAAAACCCGAGGAAUCACGUCCUACUAAUGGCGGUGAAGGAAGAGGAAAAUAUCUCCAGUUUUUGCUGGAUUUUUUGGCUUAAUGAGAAAUGUGGUUGACAGGUAUGUUGGAGUACAUUUAAUGUUUUGCUGUGAAGUAUUGGGAAAGCAAGUUGGAGAUACCCAGAAACAUCCCAUGAAAUGUCACAGCAAUCAGUCAUGAAAUCUAACCAGUUAAGAAGAGUAUAUGUCCCCAUAAAUCAAAGCUAAUGGGAUUUAAUAGCAUGAAAUCUGAUGAUAUUGUGUUUCAGUCAUACUUUAAAAUGCACAUUGCGUUUUCCUUUAAACACCCAAGGAUUUGGAACAAUGCUUUUUAAAAUAUCCAAUUGUCAAUUGUGACAUAAAGCUAGAUAUAGAACCAAUUUGCUUUUGCACAAAAUCACUGCUCCAUAUCAAGGACAGUAUUCAAUGUUCCCCAACUUUACUAUUCUACAUUCACCCAUUUUUGACAUUAUAUUUCCUCCCAUUGUCUUUGGGCUUGUAUAGGCUUCAGCAGUCAUGCAUAUUGUCCCUUCCCAAUUUAUUUCCUUCUCCUUGUCUCCUUGUGUUUUAAAAGCCCUGCAUUUGUUCCAUGUGGUUGCACAGGGACAUGAACCUAAAUUGUAGCUCAAUAAAUUCAAUCUAUAACAGGGAGGUGCCAGUGGCGGGGUGCAAGUGUGUCUGGAGUUGACAGACAAAAACUCCAAUCUGAUCCUGCAUUAGUUCUCAUUAAGAAGGGUCAGCUACGGCUGCUUGUGCGCACAUUAGGACUAUAUGAGUUGGCCAAUAGAUGGCCCACGCAUUUCAAAUUGCUUUCAGCGCAUUGUAGCCCCACAAAUAGAUCAUCUAGCAUUCAGGAGAUGGCAGCCCUGAACCCGGGGCAGCAAUUCUGAUGUUUUAUUCAUUUGUAAAUGUUCCAUUAUUUAUUAAUAUUUCCAGUCUUAAUUUAGGGUAGUUAUGUCGAAAGAAACACCAAAGAUUUGUAGCUCUUUUCCUUUUUAGGAAGUUCUGUCAGAAAGGACGAAUCAUUUUGUUGUCCUGGUUACUGUGUAUGUUAAGCCAUUGCUGUGACAUUAAUGGGAAGGUGCAAUCUCAGCUUACCUCGAAACCAACCAAGCUACUGAAAAGGCAAUGAUUAUAUAUAUUUGCACUGAAACGUGAAGGGUGAAAAACUGGAGGUAGCACAUGAAAACAGUAUGAUACAAAAUGAGCAGCUAGCCAAACGUACAGUAGACGGUUAUUUUGUCUUUUUAUUAUCUUGUCAUAUCAGUCAAGACACAUAUUUAGGUAGAAAGCAACACUUGAAAUGGCCACAAGCUGGUUUUUGCAUCGUAUAGAAUAGAAAAAGUAAGCUUCUCUGUUCAAAGUUAUUUUAAACGCCAUUUACUGAAAUCAGCCACAAUUCAGCUUCUAUCAUUACGGAAACCCAUUGGCAGCUUUUUAAAUCUGUUUAUGAAUGUGUGUGCAGGUUUUUGACAAAGCCUAUCCUGCACAGAUGCAAUACAAAACCUUUUGCAAGAGAGGAGAAAAAGGUGCUCGACUACACAUAAGACUCUGUGACGAGACUUGACGAGACUCUGAGAGUUGCCUGGAGAGCAACUUGUGACCUCCUUGCUGGUCUUUCAGCACCAGACUGCAGAUCGGUGUAAUAUUUUGACAUCUUGAAGCAGAUUUUGUGAUUAAAUGACACAAAUGUAUUAUGUUCUAUAGACCUGCAUUCGCCUGACCUGGCAACUUGAUGUUUGUAUUUUGUCAUUUUAGUAUUACCUAUUAGAUGGUGCAGUGUAUAUUGGAAAAAAAUGUUAGAAGUCAUGUCUGUUGCAGUAUUUUUGGAUUUAUGUUCCCAAUUCCCUGACUUUUAAUCAUCUUCCUUUUUGUUUUGGUGCUAUAGAUGCUUUUGUAGCGUCACUUUUAUGUUCAAAUUGUCAUUCUGAAAUGAAAAUAAAUAAUAUUACAGUAAAUAUUCAUUUUUUUCAAAUUGGAUGCACAAUGAUAAACAGUGCAUGUUAUUCUGUAUAUUUUUCUUUUCAUUCAUUUCACCUUCUCAUGGACUAAAGGAAUCAAAGUGAAAAAAUAAGAAUAAAGAGAUUAUAAUCAAUC